AUGUCUUAUUCCAAUGUCAUCGUUAAGAGUCUGGAUACAGACGUGUUCCUUAUUGCACUGAAUGCUAUAAACAACAUUAUUGCUAAUCUGUUUUUUGAAACUGGGAAAGGAAAUGCAAGGCGAAUCAUCUCGCUCAACAAGACGAAACAGCAUAUCGGAGAACAAUGGUGUUCCUCGUUAAUAGGCUUCCACAAAGGUAGGUCUGAUGUUAAUUCUGUUCGGUAUGAAAUGUUUAAAGGCGGCAAAUACGAUGAAGAGUUACUACCCUCGAAUCAAGAUUCACUUGACAACCAUAUACGUCGAGCUAACUAUCAAUGCUACAUCUGGCGACAUGCUGUGCAGCCAAUAUUACGUCUGCCAGACUUUUGUGACCAUGGUUGGAAGUUGGAUGAAGAAGGAAAUGUCACAAUUAACUGGAUGUCUCUUGCCCCAGCUCCCGACUCCAUUCUUGAGUUUGUUAAUUGUAAGUGCAAGAAAGGUUGCGAAAACAAUCGAUGCUCGUGUGUGAAGGCUGUAAUGAAGUGCUCCGAUCUCUGCAAAUGCACUGGCUGCAAAAACAGCUCGACGAACAUUACGGACAGUUUAGAGAGUGAUUCUGACACCUAUAAUUCGCCUGACGAAUGCAGUUCCAGUGACAAUAGCGAUGAUGAAAAUUAG